GUCAAGUGUGUCCCAACUCCCAAGUCCAACAUGUUAUCAACAACAAGAAGCUCAUGGAAGGGAAAUUUAACAAAACAAGAAGCCACACAACAAUGCAUGUCCCCACAACAAAAGAAGUCAAAAGAAACAACAUAAGUGCACACCAACUCUGACACUGUUUUUCUCUGCUCCUCACCAUUCCCAACAAUUUCCCAACCGUUGCUUUUCAAAUUCAAAUCUCCCUCACAACCACCCAAACACAAACAUGAACACAUACAAAGCACCUUCAUCUUCAUCUUCAUCUUCAUCUUCAUCUUCAUCACUUCCACUCAUAAAGCUUAAUCUUUGCCAACAAUGGCAAGCUUAAAAAAACCAUCUUUGCUCUCACCUUAUAAGUCAUUGUAUCUUAAUCCUCUCAAUGACAAAGAGAAUGUGGAACCAACAAAGUUGAUGAGUUCCUCCAAAACAAUGAAGCCAAGCUCACCUGUGACCAAAUCCAGCAGCAAAACAAAGUUGCCAUUAAGGCCUUCUUCAUUGCAGCUUUGCAUGAAGCUCGAUGAUCCGGAGUCGCUUCUCGGAGUGCCUCGGCCGAUCUCUUCGUCAUCUUCUGAUGCUUGGGACUUCUCUGACUCAGAGGCUGCUCCUGCUUCUUCCUGGUCCACAUUGCCAAACAAGUCAUUGUUGUGCAGGCCUCUUCCUUUGGAUGUGGGAAGGUGUACUUGUGUGAUAGUGAAGGAGAUUUCAGAAGGGAUGAGUGCUUAUUCACUUUAUACCAAUGAGGGUCAGGGACGAAAGGAUCGGAAACUGGCUGUUGCUCAACAUAGACGGCGAAACGGACGGUCCGAGUUCAUAGUAGCACAGAAUCCAAAAGGAAUAUGUUGUAGCUCAGAUGAGAGUUUCCUAGGAAAAAUAACUGCCAAUCUAAUGGGAUCAAAGUACCAGAUAUGGGAUCAGGGAAAGCCUGUUGAUUCAAUAAAUAAUAAGCGCAAAAGAUUGCUUGCAGUUGUAGCAUUUGCGCCUACAAUAACUACAUUGACAGGGAGUUUUAGAAGCAUGAGAGCAUGGAUACCAAAACAACAGUCUAUGCAGUUAAAGAGCACAAAUGCAAGUCAGAUUCAACACACAAAUGGACUUUCAAAGGACUGGGAGGAGAAAAGGAACAGAUCACAUCAACUCUUCUCAAAGACUCCAUACUACAAUAAAGUUUCCAAGAGGUACGAACUAGAUUUUCGAGAAAGAGCAGGAAGACCAGCGCCGAGAAUUCAAACAUCAGUGAAGAAUUUUCAGCUAACAAUGGAGGAAAAAGGAAGACAGACAAUUCUGCAGCUCGGGAAAAUCGGGAAAUCAAAGUAUCUGAUGGAUUAUAGGUAUCCUUUGACAGGCUACCAAGCAUUCUGCAUUUGUUUAUCAUCCAUAGAUUCAAAGCUCUGCUGUUCAGUUUAGUAUUCACAACCUUCAGUGGUUCAAUCUCUGAACACAAAAAGGUUGUCACGUCUAGUGUCUGUCCUAGAUGUGUUGAAAUCCUUACGGCACUAUGUUUUUGUAAGCAAUACAAUGCUUUGAAUUGAAACUAGAUCUCAUACCUGAAAAACAUCAAAAGGCUUCUUUAAUUAAAGCUCUAAUUGACUUGA